CUAUACUCUUUGGUCUACACUCGAUCAUCAUUCUUAGAUUUCUUUGUACGAAAGAAUUAAUAUUUAGUAAUUUUGAUAAAAUAAACGUAUCAGUUUAUUAAAACAGUAUUAAUACAAUGGCUUUACAUAUACCAAAAGCACCGGGUGUACCCCAAAUGUUAAAAGAUGGGGCGCGGAUGUAUUCUGGAUUAGAGGAAGCUGUUUACCGUAACAUAAAUGCAUGCAAACAGUUUGCCCAAAGUGUCCGUUCUGCUUACGGUCCUAAUGGCAUGAACAAGAUGAUUAUUAAUCACAUUGAAAAGCAAUUUGUGACUAGUGAUGCUGGAACUAUCAUCAGAGAGUUAGAUGUAGAACAUCCUGCUGCAAAACUUAUGGUUUUGGCUAGUCAAAUGCAAGAUGCAGAAGUUGGAGAUGGUACAAACUUUGUUAUUGUACUAUCUGGAGCCUUGCUAGAGGCUGCAGAGGAGUUACUGAGACUAGGAGUAACUACAAGUGAAAUCGCAGAAGGGUAUGAGAAGGCACUCGAUAAGUGCCUAGAAAUACUUCCUCAACUUAUUUGCCAUGAAAUCAAAGAUUGUAAAAAUAUGGAAGCUGUUAUCAAUGGUAUUAAACCGGCCAUAAUGUCUAAACAAUAUGGUAAUGAAGACUUCAUAGCAGGUCUUGUAGCUAAGGCCUGUGUUGCAAUUCUUCCUGAGAAAACCACAUUCAAUGUUGAUAAUGUCAGAAUAUGCAAGAUCAUAGGAGCUGGGCUUCUCCAGUCAGAAAUGCUUUCAGGAAUGGUAUUUAAGCGGGAGGUUGAAGGUGACAUCUCAAGUGCAUCAAAAGCUAAAAUCGUGAUUUACUCCUGCCCCGUGGAUAUUACUCAAACUGAAACUAAAGGCACAGUUCUCAUCAAAACAGCUGAUGAACUGCUUAAUUUCAGUAAGGGAGAGGAAUCUCUAUUGGAAAAACAAAUUAAAGACAUUGCUGAUGCAGGUGUAAAAGUUGUUGUAGCCGGAGCCAAGUUUGGCGACAUGGCUCUUCAUUUCCUAAAUAAAUAUGGUGUUAUGGCUGUACGUCUCAAUUCUAAGUUUGAUCUGCGUCGUCUUGCUAAAACUGUUAAUGCAACUGUACUGCCAAGAUUAACCACACCCACAGCUGAAGAAUUAGGUUAUUGUGAUACAGUAAGAGUCGAUGAAGUGGGAGACACAAGAGUAGUUGUGUUUAGCAUGGAUAGCAGUGAGUCCCGUAUUUCAACUAUUGUUAUCAGAGGAUCCACUGACAACUAUAUGGACGACAUUGAAAGAGCCAUUGACGAUGGUGUAAACACAUUCAAAAGUAUUGCUAGGGAUGGAAGGUUCUUGCCUGGCGCAGGAGCCACAGAAAUAGAACUAGCUCAGCAGCUUCUUACAUAUGCUGAUACUUUACCUGGAUUAGAACAGUAUGCUGUAAGGAAAUUUGCUCUGGCACUUGAGAACAUUCCUCGUGCUUUAGCUGAGAAUUCUGGCGCGAAUGCCACAGAAGUUGUUAACAACAUCUAUAAAGCACACACGGAGAACAACAAAUUAGCAGGAUAUGACAUUAACUCAGAAAAUAAUGGUGUAUGUGAUGCAAAAGAAAAAGGAAUAUUUGAUGCAUAUGUUUUGAAAUACUGGGGCCUUAAAUAUGCGGUUGGUGCUGCAACUACUAUUUUAAAAGUUGAUCAAAUCAUUAUGGCUAAGAGAGCUGGAGGACCAAAACCUAAAGCAAAGGCUGGAAGUGAUGAUGAGUCUUAGUAACUUAAAAUUGCUUUAAUCAGAAAUAGUGCUCGCUAGAAUAGAGGUUUACUUAUAAAUUUUAAUUUAACUUCACUAUCUCCUAACUCUAUAAUUUGUUUAACGCUUGAAAAAUGAAAUACUUAUUUGGUAUUGUAUUGUUUAUUAACAUUAAACAAUAAAAUAUAUAAUAAUUU